AUGGAGGUUAAAGAGGAAUUCCAAGAACCCACGUUGAAUAAUUUUGAAAAAACAUUCAUGGAUGAUUGGGUAAAGGCACUGCAGCGAGUAGAUGAGGGGCGACGGUGCUUCGAAAGUUUAAAGAGGAUGUUUCAAGAGAUGGUUAGAAUUGAAAAAGAGUAUGAACGUAAUUUAAGUAACUUAUGCAACAUAUUUAAUGUGUUUGAAAAUGAAUCUAGUGGUAUAAAGAAUGGAAUUAUUGGGAUAAAAAAAAAUAUAGAGAGAAGAUGUGAUCAGAUAAAAGAUUUUGUUAAUUAUGUAGAGGUCGAAAUAUUAAAUAAUACAUUAAAUUCAACAUUACAAAAUCAUCAAAAUGUAUUUAAUUAUAUAAAGUUAGAUGGUAUUGAAAAUAGUAAAAUGGAAGAACAAGCAAAAAAUGAAAGUUUAAAAUAUAUAGAAAGAUGUGCAUAUUCUUAUGGAUCGCUAGUUGAUUCAAUAAAUGUUUUUCAUAAUAGUUUUUAUUAUGACCCAAUAAAAAGAAUUGAAUUAUCGAAUAAUUGUAUUAAACAAUAUUUAAUAGCUAAAAAACGAGAAGAAGAAUAUAAAAAUUCAAUCAAUAAUAUUAAUUAUGUAGAAGAAAAAAAAGAAAAAAGAUUAAAAAACAUUUUACAUUCAUUAGAAUCGAUGGAUUAUAAACGUAUUGCAUGUUUGAAAGAUAAUGUUAUGAAAUAUUUAAUUUUUUUUAUGUCCUAUAUUCGGAAUGUACAAUAUGAUGUUAAUAUGUGUAUUGACAUUUUUAAAGAUAUUGAUCCAUAUAAAGAGAUUGAAGAAUAUUGUUUAAAAAAAAUUGAGACAAAUAAAAAACAAAAUGAACAACUUAUUUUUUAUAAUAAUAUUGUCUCUUGGCCAAUGUUAAUAGAUUUUGUAGAUGAAAUAAAUACAUUUUCUCGAAAAAAUUAUAAAAGUGGAUUAUCUGAUCAAUAUAUAGAUGAUAAUACAUAUGAUUCAUCUUCUAAAAAUAAAUAUAGUAACAUGUUAUUAUCUUUUUUUAAUAUGAAUACAUAUAAAAAAUGGGUUCAAGCAGAUAGAUGUACGCCCAUUGAAAAUGAAAAGGACUAUAAUUCAGAAAAUGAAGACUCUGAUAAAUCUAAGGAAGAGUAUGAAGGUAGUUCAAACAUUAUAUCAACUGGGAUAUUUAAUGAUAUUAUUUUUUUUAAGAAAAAGGGGAAAAGCAAUGAUGGUGGGAAUGAAAAAGAGGAAAAUGGUGAAAAAGAAACGGAGAAAAAAACGGACAAUAAAGAGGACAAUAAAAUUGAUGAAGAAAGGAUUGAGGGGGAAGAUCAGGGAAAUGAAUUAGCAGAGGAAGAGAAUGAGGUAAAGGAUGAACUGAAAGAUGGUGAAAAAUGUGAUGAAAACCUGAACAUGCAAGGUAGCAAAGUGGAUCAUAUGAUGAGUAGUGGAAAUGACAUGGAGAAAGAAUAUAGCUAUUCAAAUAUAAAAAGAUUAUUUCAAUUUAAUAAUAAGGAUGGUGAUAAUUAUUUAUGUAGUAGUAAUUAUGAUUUAUCAAAUAGUUCUAGUUCAUUAAAAAAUAUAAGAUUAUUUUUUAUUUUUUAUUUGAAAAAUAUUUUUGCAUAUAAUUUAGAUGUAUUGUCUGAGUUUAAUAUAGGGCCAUUUUUUAAUUCAUAUAACAAUCGGCUAAUAUUUUGCGAAUGCCUGAUGGGGUGCAUUAAAGAGGGGGAUGGCAUAAAGGAAGAAGAAGAAAAGGAGAAAGAAAAGGAGAAAGAAAAAGAGAAAGAAAAAGAAAAAGAUGUAAACGAAAUUGGGAAUAAACAGAAGAAGAUUAGUGAUAUUAGAUCGAUGGUUAUAUUUACAAAAGUGAUUUUAUUAUUUUUGGAUGCAUGUAAUGAAUAUUAUGACUAUUGGUCAGCAAUGUAUAUUUUAAUAGCAUCUGAAAAUUUAUAUCUUGAAGUAGAUGGAAAUGAAGAUAUAAAUAUAAACAUGUUGCUUAAAAAAUAUCCAUUUUUUUCAUUUGAAAAAAGUAAUGAAAUAAAUUAUACAAUUGAUAAUAAGGGGAAUGAUAAUAGUGAUUCUACUUUUGAAAAUGGUAAAACUAAUUUGAAUAGUGAUAUAGAUGAAAAUGAUAUUAAAAAGGAAGAUAAUGUAACUAAUGAGGAAUGUAAAAAUACGAUAAAUAUAUUUGAAGAUAAUAAGAGUGAGACAGGGAUUGAAAUGAGGGGAAGAGUAAAAAAGGAGUCUGUAAAUGAAGAAGGUAUAGAAAAAGAAGGAGCGGAAAAUGAUGGAGUAAGAAUGGGGGAAAAGAAGAAAGUGUAUUUGUAUCGAUUUUUAUAUGAGCAUGGUUUAUGGAAUAAUAUAAAAUUUUGGGAGACAUGCCUUUUAAUAAUAAUAUCAGAAAUAAUUCAAGAGUCCAUUUUAUUAGAAAAAUUACGAUAUGAAAAUAAAGAAUGGUUAAUAAAAAAUUAUUUUUUUUUUUUUAAAUAUUUUCAAGUUUAUAAUAGUAUGAUUAAUUAUGGUUUAUCUGUUAAUCAGAUUGGUUUAUUAUUAAACAAAAUAUUUCGUUUUUUUAAUUUGAAAACAGAUCCUAUAUCUAGGAAACAUUUUUUUCAAAUAAUAGAUAUAGCAACAAAUAAAAAUAUAACUUUAAAUUAUAUUAAGAUGGGACCAGAAAAUAUGAACAAUGAAUAUAAAAAGUACUAUAUGCAAUAUUAUAAUAAUUUUUUAAAUGAUGAUUCACGAAAUAGUGAAGACAAAAAUUGA